AUGUCAAGCCGCGUGCGGGUCCAGGACCCGCCCUCGUCGUUCUCGCAGAAGGCUCCCCGUAGAUCUUCCUUCCUCUCCCUCCGUCGCGACCAGCCUGCCUGCACCGAACCCUACCCCGCCUCCCCCACCAGCCGUUCUCCCCCCGCAAAAUCCACAUCACCCUCCUCUUUCUAUGCUUUCAGGGACGACCCCGCCCCUCUGACGUCUCGCGUCCCCGAUCCUCCGCGUACACACGGCCGCCGCCCGUCCAAGACAGCCAGCCUGCGCCACGAGCAGAGCUUCCCAACACCCAAGUCCUCCAGCCGCCCGUGGGACACAGAGCGAGACCGGAACCGGAACCGGGACCGGGACCGGGGCUGGGACGACAGAGCCGACGACGACGACGACGAGCUCCCUGAACACGUCCAGAGCUUCCUCGAGUUUCCCUCUGCCGACCCCCGCGCUCCCCGCAGCCCGGACGAGAGCUCGAACAAGCUGCGCUCGCGCGCACGCUCCGGGCCCUCCACGCACUUCACCAGCCUCACCAGCUACGGCAGCAGCUCGUACCCCGUCCGCGACUCCAACUCGUCCUCCCUCUCCCACUUCGAGGACCCAACACCGCCGACGCCGGUCGACGACUCGCUCUUCUUCCGCGACCCCGCGUUCGGGCCGGUUGUCGUGGCCGCACCCGUCGCAGGAGUGGAGACGAUGGACGCCCUCGUUGAUGGCAUGAACGGCUUCGGCGGAGAUGACCACUUCAUGGGCUUGGGCGGUAUGUCCGCGUCGCGCCCGUCCAAGACCCUGAAGGUGGGCUUCCACCCGCUCUACCAGCCCCCGCUGCCCAAGCCCCCGCCUGGCAUCAAGCUCGGUGGGGCUCUCCCCCGCAAACAUUCGGCGCGGGAGCGAGAGCGAGAAUCACUCCCGCACCCGCUCUCCGCCCCGCGCUCGCGGAAGGCCAACGGACGCGUCGCACCCCAGUCCACGAGCCCCGGGCCUGCGGCGACCGAGUUCCCCAGGUACCCAUCGCCCACCGGCCCUCCGACGGCGCCCAAGACGGUCGCACCCUCGAUAUCCGAAAUCAUCCGCGCCCAUGCCCCCGUCGAGCAGCAGACGCGGUCCCGCAAAACGUCGUAUGCGACCAGCUACGGACACGACUCUGUACCCAGCAGCUCUCGCACGCGCCUGAAGUCGCCUACGCCCGAGCCCGAGCCCGCACCGUUACCAGAGACCGAAGACGAGACGGACAUGGUCUCGCGUUCCUCGGUCGACACGCUCGCGGAGGAGAUCCAACGGAGCAUGCAGGCGCAGAAGCGCGCCGCGAUCGCACCGCACCUGCUGCACAAGGCCCGCUCUCAGCAGAUGAUGGGUGCGCAUUCCGCUGCGGAGCACGGCGCGCGGGGGCUCGGGUCUCCGCGUCCGACCACGGACGCGAGGCGGGAGAGCUCGAUCUACUCGAACUCGACGACGAUCUCGGACCAGCCCCCGUUGCCGCCGCUGGACCUGAUGGGUCUCACGCGCGUGCCGGUGAACUCGCCCUCGCAGACGAUCGCGCAGUACCUCCGUUCCACGCGUCUCACGACCCUGCUCAGGCUCACGCGCUCGCCGCACGCCUCGCGGGGUAGCCCGCUCACGGUGAGCCUCUCCGACCUCGGGAGCAAGACCGGCUUCCCCGUCCUCGUCUUCCUCGGGCUUGGGUGCGUACGCCACAUUAUGGGGCUGUACGACGAGAUGGCGGAGUGCAUGGGCAUCAGGCUCAUUACCAUCGACCGGUGGGGACUUGGUCGCACAGAGGUGCCCAAGUCGAAGUCGUCGAAGGGCAUCCCUGAAUGGGCGUCUAUCGUCGAAGAGGUGCUAGACCAACUCGAGAUUGAUCAGUGCAGCAUCAUGGCACAUUCGGCUGGUACGCCGUAUGCCAUGGCUUUCGCCAACAAGCACCCAGAACGAGUACGAGGCGAGCUAUGUCUGCUCGCACCGUGGGUGGCGGGCGGCGAGGGUGGCGGUUACAAGUGGCUUAAGUAUGUUCCCAACGGGCUGUUGAAGACCGCUCAAGCGGCGGAGUGGAAGGUCCAGGCGUGGAUGCUCGGUAAGCCUCCGACAAUCGCGUUCGAAGGCAUCGGCUUCGACAUCAAGUCCGCCCACACGUCCCCGCCUUCUUCCGCCGCGUCGUCGUCAUCUGCGUUGAACACCCCGCGAUCGCCCCCGCACUCCGCCCACUCCCACUCCACCGUCACGCCCGCCAAGACGUCGCAGUCCGAGCGAGAGCAAGAGCCACGACCGAGCACGUCGACGACAUUUUCCGACUACGAUGACCUACGCGACUUUGAAGGUCGCUUCGACAGCCUGAGCACCAUCGGGCAGGGCGGGCCCGGCCUCAGCCGGAAUCGUACCAUCAGCGAAUUCAAGUCGAGCCCCGGCACGCCAGCACGGAAACCAUCACGAGGCUUCCUCGGUCGCUUCAAGUCAAACGGGCAGAGUAACCAGCAGCAGCAGCCAACGAGUCCUCAGGGCGAGAAGUCGAGUAGCGGUCCCACCAAGCGACUUAAAGCGCUUCGGUCUAUGGGCUCUCUCAAGGGCCGUUCCCGUGCCGGCACCAAGGCGUCCGACCCUCCACUGCCCAUGACAACAUGGCUUCCCCCGGCACCCGAGAGGCCAGAAGUGGGCCUGGGCUUGGAUCCGUUCGACUGGGGAGAGUUCAACAAGUCACGGUCUCGGUCACCUUCACCUCUUGUGCUGAAGCCUAAAGACCUCGCUCCUCUGGAUACCAGUGAGAUGUCCGACAUGACGACCUCUCCUCGAGCCUCUGGUAGGCGGUCAAUGUCGAUGGUCACUGCCAGUCCAGCGUCACCAUCCAUAUCCCUCUCGUCUUCCCUCCACCCGAUCUCGACGGCGACCUCGAGCGCUGGUUCGAAGACGCCCACAGCCACCCCAACCCCGGGCUCGGCGCAGUCGUUCCAGGUUGCGCUUGGAAACGCGCUCAUCGCGGCGUCACAUGCCGAGUCCGCGAAGGGAACGCACAACGACCUGCUGCAGAUCUUGAACCACGACCGCCUCCCGUUAGGCUUCUCGUAUCUCACGUACCCGCACGACGUGCGUGUGUGGUACGGCGACCACGACGAGAAGAUUGGGGAGAACGCGGUGCGGUGGAUGGAGCAGACGAUGGGUCCCGACAAGUGCCGCGUCACGGUCGUCAAGGGUGCUGAGCACGCGCUCGUGUAUAGGAGCGGAGUCGUCAUCGAGGUGCUCGAACAGCUGACGCAGUUCUGGCGUGACUGGCCAUGA